AUGUUGAGAGUUUUAAAACGCAUCAUUCACUCAUUUGAUACAUAGAGGUUUUACAUAAAUUAAGAAUUCGUUCACUAAAACUACAACAUUAAUUUGAGUUUAAACUAAAACUACGCUGUGAAAGUAUUGUGGCCUGGUAAAAAUAAUAAAAUAAUUGUUUUUUUGUCAAAAAAUAAUUGAUUUUUCUUUUUUACAUUCCAUCUCUUUAGAUUGUGUAAAUCAUUUUUUCUAAUAAUUAAAAAUAUCUUUUGACAUGAUAAAAUCUACAUUUUCUAAUAAAUUCAUAUAAUUGAUACAUCCAGUAAAAAGAUUUAUUUUAACUCUAUAUUUUUUAAACCUCUAAUCUAAUAAACCUAUUUAGAAAUUUCUAGGGAUAAAGUUGCUAGUUUAUCUGAUAAAUCUAAAAAUAAAAGAUAAAAUAAAUUUCUAAAAUCUUCAGAACUUUGGAAAAGGAAAGCCUUUGUUUAGUUGGAUAAAUACCAAUUCCUUAGACCAAAUACAGCAAAACUUAAUUAAACAAUUUACAUGUUCUUAUGUUAUUGUUACUUUUCCUAUAAAUCAUAAAAUAAAAUUUAACUAUCUAUGUCUAUAUAUAUGGAGAAAAUCAAUUAUUAACGUUAGUUAUUUACCUCUUCAACAUCGUUCGGAACAAUACGCAUUCAGAGAAAUCUAGGGUUUAUAGGGCGUUUCCGCCAUGAAAUCACAGCGGCAGAACGACACGGAAGUUUGUCUUACCAUUACCCGACUCACUAAGCUAUCAAAGAACUCGACGAAUGUAAGAGAAGACUUGUUACCUACUGAUCUCCUUAUCGAGAUAUUCUCAAGAUUUCCGACCAAACAUAUAGCGAAAUAUAUAGCGACAUGUCGCUGCGUCUCGAAGCUUUGGUCCUCAAUUUUUUACCGUCCUGAGUUCACUGAUGUGUUGUUCUUGACCAAAUCUUCUGCUAGUCCACAGCUCUUGUUCGCCUGCCAAACACAGAGCGAGUUGCUCUUCCUCUCUUCACCUCAGCCUCAAGAUCCUGUUGAGAACCCGUCUCUUGUAACCGCUAGUUGUCUUACGAAAGUCCCCGUCAACUUUUCCAAUGAAAGUUUUAGUACUAUCAACGGCUUCCUCUGCCUUAGAUACGAUAUCGUAAAGGAAAGGAAAAGCUCAAAGAUGCAGUUCAUAUGUAACCCUAGCACGGGACAACGCUUACCUUUACCGAAGAUGAAGACGGUUGGGCAGAAGAGUUAUUUUGGGUAUGAUCCUAUUGGAAAACAAUACAAGUUAUUUUCCAUGACCUCGUCUAAUGAUAAAUAUAAGGGUAAUUGGAAGGAGUAUCGAAUUCUGACACUAGGAACUCAAAAGCUCUCAUGGAGAAGGAAGGAAUGUUGUGUGCCUCAUUGUCCUGUACAUAAUGAGAUAUGCAUCAAUGGUCUUUUGUAUUAUAGAGCCAACGGAGACGGUUUCACAAAGGCUACUAUGAUAGUUUGCUUUGAUUUUAGGUCUGAGAAGUUCAGUUUUAUGAAAGUCACUGAAAAUUUUAGUAGAGCAGUGGAUCAUAAAGCAACUUUGAUAAACUAUAAUGGUAAAUUAGGUUCACUCAGGUGGGAAGAGCCUUACUCUCUUAGUAGAGGAACCGGAAGUUUUGUCUUGUGGGUUCUACAAGACGCCGAGAAACAUAAAUGGUCCAAGCAUGUUUAUGUGUUGCCUCCUUUGGGGAUUGAGUUAGCUGAGAUGGCCGAGUUGUACUUCGUUGGUGUGAUUGGUACAGAUGAAAUUGUGUUGUCCCUGGACAUUCCAGCUAAACCUUUCUACCUCUUCUACUACAAUAUCAAGAGAAGCAGUAUCGUUAGAGUUGAAAUCCAAGGAAUACAAGCGCUAAAGGGUAGAAGUGUUCGAACGCUUCUAAACCAUGUAGAGAACGUGAAUCUUAUGUAACUGUUCUUAUGACUUUAAGAUCUGUAAGAGAGCUGCUUUGGCUCUUAAUUAAAGCUCUCACAAAAAAAUAAAGAUCAUAGAUUUUCAUAAAGCCACGCCACUGUAUUUCCACUGGUUUGUUUAGUUAUAACCAUAACCCAACAUAUACUCGAAUUCACAAAGAGGGAGAAAGCAAUGGAGUCGCCUAUGUUUUUUAAGGGAGUAUUUUAUGGAUAUGUUUACACUUUGCAGAAUUGGUUCAGUACACACUCAAGAGCAAUGGGUUUUGUUCUUAGCUAACAUUAGCUUUAUACUCUUCUCUAUCUACCAAUGUGUAACUGUGAGAUCCUGUGUGUAGAUUUCUGUAAUUGAUAUUGUAAUUCUCUGUAUAUACACCAAAAAGGUUCAAGUACUUGGUUUAAAAGAAAAUAUUGAUAAACUACCAUGGUAUAUUAUGAAAAAUUGUAAAUUUUAGAAGAUGCUGAAAAUAGUAAUGGUCAGAGGAUACAUCCGUAUUAUCAGCGUCGUGCAGGAAUGUAUUUGAAAAAAAAAGACUAUUUAGAUGGCUCGUGUUGUCACUGACUCACGGCACUACCAAGCGUCUAGCCAAACCGAGCCUUUCUACAUUUACCACGAGAGUUGGAAUAUAAAGGAAAAGGAAGCCUUUAAAGGUAACAGAGCUUACACCUUUGUAGACCAUGCAGAGAAUGUGAAGCUUAUGCACAUGUAAAAAGAUAUAAAACAUGCAUGUGUUGGUCUCUGGUUUUAGUUGAUGAUGUACUGAUGGAUAGAUUUUCCUUCAGUUCUACCUUUGUGCGAUAUCUCUCUGCAGUAUGCAGGUUAUUUGUUGUAUCCAGUACUGCAGUUCUUUGUUGUAUUCAGUUUAGCUUCUGGUGCUGUGAUUUUGUUUUUCUCUUUUUGGUGGCAGUUGCAAGAGAAAUUCAUUGGCAUAUUUCACUUGAUGAAUAUGAAGUUCUCGGUUGUCUCCUGUUUGGAGCAAUUUCUUUUACCUAUAUUUCCUCUUUUAUGGAGUGAAUUGGAAGCACAAGCAUUGUUGGUAUUGGAAGGAUCUUCCUCCCAACUAAUGCCCAUCUCUGCUUUUGGUACAGUGAUUGUGAUCCUUUGGAUUACACUAGAUGCAAGUAUUCAAGAAGUUUAUGAAAUUGUUAUGCAAUUUUUGUGGUUUCUUGCUGUGAUUUGUAUCAAUUAUAUCCCCUGUUUUAUCAGUUUCUU